AUGCAAACUAACAAGGUUCAAGUUACUUUUGGUUCUAAAACCUUAUAUCUCAAAUUGAAUGAUAAUCUUGAUGAUUUAAAGAAAACUAUUUUUAAAGAAUUUGGAUUAAAAGAAUUUAUUGCAGAGUAUCAAUUAUUAUCAUAAUAGAGUAGAGUGGAAGUAAAUAACAAAUAGAAAAUAACAAUUGAAUUUCGAAAUGAUAAUUUAAUUUAGAAGGAGGAAAUGCUUAAUAUUAAUUAAUUAGGAUGCAAGAGCAUAAAGAUUAUUGAAAUGAAGGAUUAAAAAGAUCAAAUCAAUAAUUAUUAAUUUUAUGAUGCAUUUGUUAAUGGAAAUGAAAUUUAAUGCUGUACUAGAAAAGAUUGCUAAUUAUGUUUUGGAAAUGGAUAAGCCAUUAUAAAAGAAAAUGAUUAUUCAUUCAUUAAUGAAGUCAUUAGGAACAAAUUAAAUGAAAGAUUACACGAAAUUAGUGAUAUGUAAAAUUAUAUAUUGAUAUAAUAGAAUUCUAAAGAGAGACAAGAAAAAAAUAACAUCUCCUGAAGAUUUUUUACAAUAUCAUUUAAAAAUUAAAAGUUUUAAUUAGGAAUUUAUGACAAUUACUCCAGAAAAUGCUUUUAUUCAUUUUUAAUAGGAUAUAGGUAUAAAUAAUUGGUUAUUUAAGUUAUUCUUCAGGAUGAUAAUCUAAAAGCAAAAAUAAUUGAAUAAUAAUAGCUUAUUGAAGGAGAUAGAGGAGGGGAAGCUGUAAUAUAAUUAAAGUAUAAAAAUGAUGGAUUUGUGAAUUGGCCUUAAAAAGUUUAAUUGGUUUGUAUUGAAGGUCCUUUUUAAAUAAGAUAAGAUAUAAAAUCAGCAAUCAAACAAUAAACAAUAAGUUAAGAAAUUAAAAUUCAUAUUCCUGAUAUACCUCCAAAUAAGUAUGAAUUUUCUUGUAGAUUUGAAUACUAAAAUGAACGUGGUUAAAAGAUUCAGUUUGGCUAAGUAAUAAAAUUAAUUUUGAUUGUGAAUGAAAAGAAUUAAAAAAAAUUAACUAAUAAAUUAUAAAAUUUUGAUGAAUAAAAUAGAAAACUAAUUCCUGAAAUAAAAAAUCAAUUAAAUUAAAUGGGAUAUUAUUAUUUUGAAUAAAAAAUGAAUGACAUAUUUUAAAAAUUUUUUAAUUAAAAAUUAACUUUAGAAAGUUUUAUGAAUGAGUUUUGGAAUGAGUGA